UUCGGAAGGAGAUGGCGCCCAGCUCGAAAUCCGAGAAGGACGACGGCAAACAGAAGGCUCAGAGGAGACGCAAAGACCACGUCGUGAAGCUGCUCAUGCGGGGGAAGCUGUCAGGUCAGUUUUCUCAGCGCCUGUUCAGGAAACUCCCGCCUCGAGUGUAUGUGCCUCUGAAAAACAUCGUCAGCGAGGAGUUCCUGAGAGCAGGACACAUCUUUCUUGGCUUCACCAAAUGUGGCCGCUAUGUUCUUUCCUACACCAGCGACUGCGGAGAGGAUGAUGACUUCUCUUUCUAUUCCUACCAUCUCUAUUGGUGGGAGUUCAAUUUGCAUAGUAGACUCAAACAGGUCCAUCAUGUGCGUCUGUUUGCGGGGGAGGAAAUCUACAGUGACCUCUACCUGACUGUGUGUGAGUGGCCAAAUGACCACUCCAAAAUAGUUAUCUUUGGUUUCAAUACACGCAGCUCAAGCUCUGUUCUGAUGAACCUGAUGAUGAGUGAUGAGAACAACAGAGAUAUUUAUAUCACCAUCGCCUCCAUGCCACCUCCUAAACCUUGCUCUGUCUGCUGCCCAGUUCCCGCAGCCACUACCAUACGCACAGGGAGUGGUGAGUGUCUCGAGCACGGCUACCUGAUCAACAGCAGGUACCAGGUGGUGUAUCCCUUCCCCACUUUCCAGCCAGCUUUCCAGCUGAAGAAGGACCAGGUUAUUCUGUUGAACACGAGCUACUCUCUGGUGGCCUGCGGCAUCUCGCUCUGCUCAGGAAAGGAGGGUCAGUCAUCACAGAUCCUCUACACCAAGAGAGCAGCAUUGUCAAGUCAAACCUCCUCGUCUCCGUCCUCCACCUCCUUGGCCUCUCCUUCGUCACUACCUCAGGGAUCUCCCGAAAGUUGUCUGCCACCCAGCAGGCCUGCUCCGAUCCCCACGUCUCCGAGCCAGUCGCAGGCAGCCGCGAGAGCCCGGGAGUUUGCAGCUGACCUCUUCAGGAGGGCGCAGGGAGGAGGAGGAGGAGGCGCAGAGCUAAAGGAAGCUGAGGGCCAACAAGAGAGGGAAACUGAUGAAGGUGAAAAAGAGGAAGCGCAGACACCAGGAGACAAAGGGUUAACUGGAGAGAGGAGGAGAGAGAGGAGGGAGGAGGAGAGACGGACUAGUUUACCACAAGCAUCAACAUCCACUGGGCGCCACAGUUUUAAUCAGUGCCCGGAACAAGUGAUGUCUCCUGAAUCCUCUUCCUCAUCACCUUCAUCUCCUCCAACCCCGUCCUCAUCCCAGGAGGUCGGACCCUGUGAGCCUGGAUAUGUGAACUACUCACACCUGCACUACUGCCUCCACCAGCCAGGGGCAGCAGAGCAGAAUACAGGAGGUGACGCAGAGAGUUAUGAAGAUGAUAAAGUUCAGCUGCCUUUCACAGUGACUGAUCUAAAAGGGCGGAACCUGCAGCUGGUCACCGGGCCACACAAUGGACAGAGUGUGUGUGUUGAGCAGCUGACUCUCGACUUUGAGUAUCUGAUCAAUGAUGUGAUCAGGAACGAUGCUGCCUGGGCCAGACAGUUCUGCUCCUUCAGUGACUAUGACGUGGUGAUAUUAGAGGUGUGUCCAGAGACCAACACUGUGAUGAUAAACAUUGGUCUGCUGUUGCUGGCGUUCUCCAACUCGGAUGAGGAGCACUGCAGGCCCAACACCUACCAUUCCAACCUGCAGGUGAGCUGGAACUUAAACACAGGGGUGUGUUGCACCGUGGGUGUUGGAGACCUGACAGAGGUUAAAGGUCAAACCAGUGGGAGUGUGUGGAGCUCUUACAGGAAGUCCUGUGUAAACACAGUGAUGAAGUGGCUGGUUCCUGAGAGCACCUCUCGCUACAUCAAUCGCAUGACCAACGAAGCUCUACACAAAGGCUCGUCUCUGCAGGUGUUGGCCGACAGCGACAGAUGUACCUGGAUUGUAUUAUGAAGAAAGAAGAGGGUCAGAAGUGUCAUAGCAACAGAAACAAAUGUCGACAUGGCCUAUAUGUCAGUAUGCAACCCGACCCUACUCUGAGAGAAACUGCACACAUGUUAAAUCACAGUGCUUUGGUAACUUGUAGUUAAAACACGUGUCAAAUGGAAGCUGAACCAGGAGCACUGUAGAUAAAAUACUGUUAAGCUGAAGUUCUUUUUAUUUUAGGUGAUCCGUGUUUCAGUUUGCAGCUUUCUUUAUUUCUUUUGUAAUUGUGUACUUUAUUAUUGCAAGCACCAAAAACAAGAGCUGGACUGAACAAAGUUUUUGUUUUUAGUUUUAGUUUUUCUACAUAAAGACGUACUGUUUUUUUAUGUUUGUGUCUAAAACUGAGCGUAUGCAACCUUAUAAGGAGAUCUGUAUGUAUGUGUGUGUGCGUGUGUGAGAGGGCAUAUUUACUGUUUCUGUUACAUCUGACAGAAUCUACAUUGAAUUGAAUUCAGAAGCUGGACCAGUUCAGACUCGCUGUGUUCAUUCAUAAGACUGCAGUAUUUAAAAUUAGACAAAUUAAAACCAGGUCACCUGACUCUAAACACUUUCUUUUUUUAAACCUCUGUCAUGGAAGUAGAGGUUUUGUUGGAGUCACCUGCUCAGUUGUUCCACAUUACGCUGUGUGAUGGAAGGCAUGGAAGUAAGAGUAUUUUUUGUUGGAAUAUUUUGUUAAAAUAAAAUGUUGAAAAGA